AUGGCAAUUUCAAUUAAAGACUUAGCUAUAAAAGCUGACAUUAACCUUAAAUUAGAACCUUUUUUUAAUUUUAAUUAUGGAUUAAGUGAAAAAAAAGAAAAAGAAGAAUUAAGCAAGUUAAACAAAGAUAUAGAAAAAUACCAACCUUAUACUGUUAGAGAUGAUCAAACAAGAGAUCCGACUCUCUCUAAAAAAGGCAUCUCUAUUUUUUUAAUCACUAAAACCAAUAUUUCCUUACCAGAACUUUCUGAAACUGUCUCAGUAUUGGAUCGCAACUAUUCUUAUGUUUCAACCAGCAAAGAAAAUAUUUUUAAAAAUGAGUUCAAAACCAUCACUCAUAUUUUUAGCAAAUCAAUAGUUAAAAAUCCUCAUCCUCGGCGAGAUGAUUUUGAUAUGAGGCAGAUUUCGCUAUUCAAGAGCAAAGAUAGACCAAUCGAUCCCAAAAAUAUUGAUCAAAAGGAAGAAAUUGAAGAAGGAAUAUUGGAUGGUUGCUUAAUAACUGAUGAAAUGCUAAAUAGAUUGCGAUAUAACAUUCAAAAAUCCAUUACUGAUCGGAAAAGUCAAAUUGAAGAAUUAGUUCCUAAAUUAACUCUCACUGAUCCUUUUCCUAUUUUUGAUAAUUUAGAAUUAGAAACCGAAAAAGAGAGAUUGCUAAAAUUGCAACAAGAAAAGGAAAAGGAAGGAGAACAAACCAAAGAACAAGUAAUAAAUGAUCUAAAAGCAGAAAUUGAAAAUUAUACUAUUGAAAUUGAUAAAUAUUUUGCUUUUAUUGAUAAAUAUAUCAAACCUAAAUUUAAAGAAUUAAAAAAAAGGGAAUAUGAUUUAGUGGGAGGAGAAAUUGUUAAUAGACUACCGGAUUAUGAUGAAAAUUGUUCGAAAGGAAUUAGAACCAAAUUAGAAAAUAACCAAAAUCAAUUAAGCAGUUUUAUCACUUCUUUAAAAAGCGGAAGAGUUGAGUUUAGUAGCGAACAAUCCCAAAAUUGCAUUUUACUUUUACAAGAAAAAUAUGGAAUUUACAUUACUGAUAAUGAAUUGCCUAAAGAAUUUUUAAAAACU